UACAUUUUCUGAUUGUACUCUCCCAUUUCCUGGAUAUUUUGAAUUGCUGUCCCUCCUCAUAUAGUAACCUUCAUCUUCUUCAGAUCUAAUCUCUCCAUCUUCUUCUGCCUCCUCUUUUUGUGUCACCUUUCUGUUUUGCUGUCCCCUUGUCACAACACGUCUCCUCUGAGGUACUUCCUGUCUCUCUGGGUCCAGGCUCUCUGGUGUUGGGUUAAGUUUCAGUUUUCAUUCUAAGUUUGACCCUCCCAUCUCUGGGAAAGGACUAUAAAACAGUGUCUGGACCAUCUUCGGCAUCAUACAGCUUCUGAAGCAUUUAUUGUACAGGCAACCAAGAUGAGUGUGAAUCAGGACAGAUCUUUAAGAGAAAAUCUUCUCCAGCUGGAAUGCCACUUUACUUGGGCCUUGAUAAAAGAUGAUUUCAAUGUAACGGAUGUUCUCAGUAGACUAGAAGAACAGAUUAAGUUAGAUCUGGGAAAGAAGGAGGGACUUGCACAAACUUACAGUGCUUUGGCAUAUGUAAAAUUCCUUUUGGAGUUUCAUGAAGAGGCACUUUGCAACCUCAUGACAUCUGUGAAGCUCAGCAUGGAAUGCCAUGGGGAGGAAUUCCACAAGACUCUCAUUGUCACCUAUGGAAACCUUGCCUGGAUGAACUACCACAUGAAGAACUAUACAGAGUGUGAAAGUUACCUGAAGAAACUUCAGAAGAUAAAUGAACUGAUUCCAACUGAAUCUUCAUCUGUUCCAGAGGUGCUUGGUGAGAAGGGAUGGACCUUUCUUAAAUUUUCUCGCACGUACUACGACAGAGCCAUAGAAUGUUUCAGAAAGGCCUUAGAACAGGAACCAGAAGAAGGUGAGUGGAACGCUGGUUAUGCCAUCGCUCUAUAUCGCAUUGAAUACAACUUACCUUUUGAGGAUUCCCUCACAAUCAAGCAACUGAGACGGGCCAUUGACACAAAUCCAGAUGAUGAUGUUCUUAAGGUUCUCCUAGGGAUGCGACUGGCAGUUUACAAGAGGUACGAUGAGGCCGAAAUCUGGGUAGAGAAGGCUUUAGAAAGAUCUCCAGAACACCCGCAUGUCAUGCGAUAUGUGGGGAAAUACUUCAGGAAUAAAGGAUGUGUUGAUAGGUCUAUGACUCUGUUGAAGAGAGCACUUGAAAAUGCACCAAAUUCAAGUUUCAUUCAUCAUCAGUUAGCUCUCUGCUAUAAGCUUAAGAAAAUUCAACUGCUGCAGGAGGGAAGCCACCAUGCCAAGAUGUCUAAGGUUCAACAGAUUCGUGAUCUAUGUAUCUACCAUUUGGAAAAAUCUACCACCCUAAAACCCUCCUUCAUUUCUGCAAUGAGUGAUCUGGCACUGCAGUACGGAGAACGGCGUGAACUGUCACGGGCUGAUGAGCUAUUUGAGAUCACAUUUAAAACAGCCAAACAGAAAAAUGACAAUCUCCAUGUGAUCAACUUUUACUAUGCUGAAUUCCAGCUGCAUUGCCACAAAUGUGAGGCUUUGGCUAUCAAGCACUACAUGGAAUGUCUGAAGAUGUUCCCAGAAUCAAUUGAAGGGAAGAAAAGUGCCUACAAUUUGAAAAAGAUCGCUGAUAAACGUAUCCAUAGAAACACAGAUGAUGCAGAUGCUCAUGGGAUACUAGGUUUCAUUCACAGAGUGAAAGGAGAGAACCGUCAAGCCAUUGAGUGCUAUGAGAAAGCUCUGAGUUAUGGAGACAAUGCUGAGUACCUCAGUAACCUUUGUGCUCUCAGGCUGUCUUUAAAGUAAAAUCACAACAUUAGGCCUUGUAUGUUUACUGGUGUAUAAGUAUUGUAAUAUACUGUAAGUUACUGAUUGUGCUUCGUCUACUUGCAAC